AUGCGCCCACCACGGCUGUCAACCAGAGCUAUCGCUCAUAAAGUCAUCCGGCCAACGACCAUGUAUACACUCUUGGCGAUGGCUCCAUCACCGGCUGACCGUGCCAUUAUCGUUGGCUAUCAGCUUGCGACAGCGCUGCUGGAAUCACCGACUAGUGAUUAAGC